AUGGAACCUGCCUUCGGGGAAGUGAACCAGCUCGGGGGGGUGUUUGUCAACGGGAGACCCCUGCCCAAUGCCAUCAGGCUGCGGAUUGUGGAACUGGCGCAACUGGGUAUCAGGCCGUGUGACAUCAGCCGGCAGCUCCGCGUUUCCCACGGCUGUGUCAGCAAAAUCCUGGCUCGCUACAACGAGACCGGUUCCAUCCUACCGGGGGCUAUCGGAGGCAGCAAGCCCCGGGUCACCACCCCCACGGUGGUAAAACAUAUCCGGACCUACAAACAAAGGGAUCCGGGCAUCUUCGCCUGGGAGAUCCGGGAUCGCCUGCUGGCCGAUGGCGUGUGCGACAAGUACAACGUGCCGUCGGUCAGCUCCAUCAGCCGCAUCCUCCGGAACAAAAUCGGGAACCUGUCUCAGCAGAGUCACUACGAGUCCUACAAGCAGCACCAGCCGCCCCCCCAGCCUGCUCUGCCCUACAACCACAUCUACUCCUACCCCAGCCCCAUCGCUGCUGCAGGAGCCAAGGUGCCCACCCCUCCCGGGGUGCCAGCGAUCCCCAGCACCAUGGCCAUGCCCAGGACGUGGCCGUCCUCCCACUCGGUGACGGACAUCCUGGGGAUCCGGUCCAUCACAGACCAAGCAGUGAGCGACACCUCGCCUUACCCCAGCCCCAAGGUGGAGGAAUGGAGCAGCCUGGGCCGAAACAGCUUCCCCCCCCCGGCCCAGCACGCCGUGAACGGGCUGGAGAAGAGCUCCCUGGAGCAGGAGGCCAAGUACAGCCAGGUGAUCUGGAUGGCACCCCAUUCGAACCCCAUUUGUGAGACCUGCCUCUUACUGGCCACCUGCUUCCACGGCCAAAACACAGUGCCCUGCCCACCAACCCACAUGGCUUCAGGGCACUCCACCCGGAUGAAACUAAUAAAGAAAGUCAGAGAGGCACCCAAUGGCCUCCCGGCUGUCAGCAGUUUUGUGUCAGCGCCAGCCAUGCCUCCCUACGCCACACCAGCCCAAGUGUCACCUUACAUGACGUACAGUGCCGCCCCGUCUAGCUACAUGGCCAGCCACGGCUGGCAGCAUGCUGGAGGCACCCCGCUGUCCCCUCACAGCUGCGACAUCCCCGCCUCGCUGGCAUUCAAGGGCAUGCAGACGACCAGGGAGGGCAGCCACUCGGUCACGGCCUCUGCUCUCUGA